AACCGGUCGAGUUAAUUGGGGUUUAGCAUGAUUAUAUGGAUUGACUUGCUGUAUAGUUAACAGUAAAACAUUAUUUGUUUGUAGAUUUCAUCACCUUGACAGCGGUAUGUCUUACCCACAGUCUCCCAAAAAGACAGGACUGCCGAGAGAAGUGGUGAAAUGGCUGCAGAGCCUCGACCUGUCAUUUUAUCCGAAGAAUGUGCGCAGAGAUUUUUCCAAUGGUUUCCUUGUCGCAGAGAUAUUGUCUCGUUAUUACUCCCACGAUUUUCCAAUACAUUCAUAUGACAAAGGAACUUCACUUUCUGCCAAACAGAGGAACUGGAGCCAAAUAGAAAAGUCUCUACAGAAGCAGAAUCUGCACUUAAUGAAAGAAGUUAUUGAUGGAGUCAUCCACUGUAAACCAGGAGCAGCUGAAUUGUUGGUGCAGGAGGUUUAUACUGUCUUAACUAACCGGAGCAUCAGAGAAGUUCAACGCCCAAUGUCGGACUUCACUGACCAAGAGUACCAGGAGCUUCUGCCCACAGUGGCCCGUUCCACGGCCUCCAAGGCCAUCAAGAACAACCUGAGGAUAACGGAGAUCAUGGCCGAGCCCGACAUUAGCACAAACCAGAGGAAGGCAGAAAUGAUCCUCCACAGGCACCUGGAGCACAAGGCUGCAGAGAGGAUACUCAACCCCGGGCGUUUUAAUGUGAAGCCUAAUCUGGGUCGGCUGGCAGCCAAAAAUCUUCUGUCAUCCAGUGGCUGUGAUGAGUGCUUUGCUUCAUAUGGAGACACUACAGCAAAGUUGUGCUCCUCAUCGACGUGGAGAGGAGCUGCUGUUUCCUUCAAGGAGAUAAAGGUGCACCAGCCUGUCAGACGCUCACUGGUUAACUAGUAAAGGAGCUGGAUGGAGCUCUGUGCUCUGUUAUUAUAUAUUGUGUGUGUGUGUGUCACUUAAUGUAUUGAUGUGUCACAGUUCUUCAGAGCAUAGCCUAUUUUAACUCUUGUGCCUCACAAGUAUAAACUGGAGUAUAAUUUGUUUUGAAAGACAGACGUCACUGUUUGUUAUGGCUUAUGUAAUGUCACUGUGCCUCCACCAUCAUGUCUGGGCUAUGCCAGUUUGUACCAGUAGGUGGCAGCAUUGAGUCAUGAGCAGAGUUCUCCUCUAUGUCUUUUAGACUAAUACCCACUGCUGUAGGUGUACCAUUGACAAAAAGAGGAAAUAAAUCAGUGUGUGCAGCCGAAACUGACAAGCUUGCUGUUCAUCUGUUUGUGUUGCUCACCGUCCUAAGUGCUAAGAUGCUACUCCUGAUGUUUCUUUUCCCACCAAUGGACCAUUUUUACAGCAGGCUUUUUGACAUGUCAUAAUAGGAAAAACAUAGGUGAAAUUGAUGACAUUAAUAUCACAGUUCCAUUAAGUGUCUCAGUGAGCUAUUCCAGUGAGCCAGCAUGCACCACAUCAGGACAUCCCCUAAAUUGAAUACAGCUGCCAUCAUUAAUAUUGUUAAAUACACCUGUGAUUUUCCUACAAUGACAAGCCAAAGUAUCUGCUAACAUGCAUCCUCCCUUCUUUACCAUCACUGAGGCAACACACAGACUUUUUUUAAUCUGCAUUAUAAGAAAUCAUGAUUCGCCAAAUGCUGGUAAAAUGAUGUGCAACUUAUACCUGAUUCCUAAAUUGGAUUGCUUGAUCAUCAUUAAUGUUGUGAAUUUUCUAGCCUCUGGUUGAAUAGAUUUCAGCACUUGUAUGGACUGCAGUGUCAAUAUG